ACCCCCUCAGUUCAGAACACCUACAGCCUCCACAUCUAAACCCCCUCAGUCCAGAACACCUACAGCCUCCACAUCUAAACCCCCUCAGUUCAGAACACCUACAGCCUCCACAUCUAAACCCCUCAGUCCAGAACACCUACAGCCUCCACAUCUAAACCCCCUCAGUUCAGAACACCUACGGUCUCCACAUCUAAACCCCCUCAGUCCAAAACACCUUCUACUGCCUCCACAUCGAAACCCCCUCAGUUCAGAACACCUUCUACAGCCUCCACAUCUAAACCCCCUCAGUCCAGAACAUCUUCAAUAGAAACCACUUCUAAACCCUCUCAGUCCAUAACAACUGAAACAUCAUUGACUACAGGGUCUAAUAUCUCACCUGCUACCUCAGCCUCAACCAAAACCCUCAACACAGCGACCUUAACCCCUACUGAUUCACAGACCUUAACCUCGACCCCAACCAGAACCAAACGUUCUGACACCACAGCCACACCUAAAACCUCGACAAGCUCAGAGGUGACCUCAGCCACGUCCACUGCUACACAGGUAACCACAAGGUCUGACCCCUCGACCCCAGCCAGACCACAGCUGAGCAGAGGACCAGUGGUGACACGUAUUUACACCUGGAUGUGGACUGACUGGGACAGUCACAAAAUGGGAAGACAACCUCACCUGGAUGAGCUGACUGGCGAGAGAGAAGGAGAGGCGAGAGAGAGUAGGAACGAGACGGAGCAGAAGAGAGAGAAGGAAAGAGCGAGAGAGAGUAGGAACGAGACGGAGCAGAAGAGAGAGAAGGAAAGAGCGAGAGAGAGUAGGAACGAGACGGAGAAGGAAAGAGCGAGAGAAGAGGAGAAACUGGAGCUACUGAACGAAGAGAGAGACGGAGAAAAGGAGAGAGCGAGCAAAGGGGGGAUGGAAUCAGAGUGGGAGAGUGGGAGAGAGGAGGAGAGCGAAGGAAAGAUGGAGUGGACGAGUGGGGGACAGGAGGAGAGCGGGAGUGAAGGAGAGAGCACACCCAGCAGCUUUCACAGGGACCCAGUGUGUGUGUCAGAGCAGAUGAAGAGGGCGUGGCUAAAGCAGGUGAACCUCUGCAGCAGAGCCAGAGUCAGAGUCGGCUAUACUGAGGAAGAGGAGCUGAGAGACGAAGAUUACCUCGUCUGUGAGGAGUGCAAGUCUUUCUUCAUCGAGGAGUGUGAGCUCCACGGUCCCCCCCUCUUCAUCCCAGACACCCCUGCCCCCCUGGGGGCCCCAGACAGGGCCAGACUCACCCUGCCGCUCGGCCUGGAGGUCAGGACAUCAGCCAUCCCUGGAGCUGGGCUGGGGGUCUUCAACCACGGACACAGCGUGACCCAAGGGACGCACUACGGACCGUAUGAAGGAGAACUCACAAACACGGAGCUGGCCAUGGAGAGUGGAUACUCCUGGGUGAUCUACAAAAGCAAGCAGAGUGACGAGUACAUUGAUGCCAAGAGAGACACUCACUCCAACUGGAUGAGGUAUGUGAACUGUGCCCGCAAUGAGGAAGAGCAGAAUCUGGUGGCUUUCCAGUACAGAGGAGGGAUUCUGUACCGCUGCUGUAAGCCUAUAGCUGUUGGAGAGGAGCUGUUGGUUUGGUACGGAGAGGAGUACGCCAGAGACCUGGGCAUCGGCUUCGACUUCCUCUGGGACAGAAAGAGCUCCGCUAGAGGUGUGAAUGAGUCGUCCCAGUCUCAGAUCUUUUCCUGCUCUGGUUGUCCGUUCUCCUUCACGGCUCAGAUCUACCUCUACAAGCACACAAAGAGAUGCCACAGGGAAGAGUACGUCAGGCUGCCGAGGAGUGGAGGGAUUAGAUCAGAGACACUAGCACCACCCAGUGGCUCUCAGUGGUGUUCAACAACUCCAGAUCACACCCCAAUCACACUCCUCACCCUGAAACACAGAGACACAGGGAAGCCAAGACCUCAUCACUGCUCUCAGUGUGAGAAGAGUUUCCAUCGAUCAGGAGACUUAAAUGUGCACCAACGUACUCACACAGGAGAAAGGCCAUAUCACUGUUCCCAGUGUGGGAAGAGGUUCAGUGUGUCAGGAAAUUUAAAGACACACCAGCGUAUUCACACAGGAGAGAGGCCGUAUCACUGCUCUCAGUGUGAGAAGAGUUUCCAUCGAUCAGUAGACUUAAAUGUGCACCAACGUACUCACACAGGAGAAAGGCCAUAUCACUGUUCCCAGUGUGGGAAGGGGUUCAGUGUGUCAGGAAAUUUAAAGACACACCAGCGUAUUCACACGAGAGAGGCCGUAUCACUGUUCAGUGUAGGAAGAGUUUCCAUCGAUCAGUAGACUUAAAUGUGCACCAAUGUACUCACACAGGAGAAAGGCCAUAUCACUGUUCCCAGUGUGGGAAGAGGUUCAGUGUGUCAGGAAAUUUAAAGACACGAGAGAGGCCGUAUCACUGUUCAGUGUAGGAAGAGAGGCCGUAUCACUGUUCAGUGUAGGGAGAGAGGCCGUAUCACUGUUCAGUGUAGGAAGAGAGGCCGUAUCACUGUUCAGUGUAGGAAGAGAGGCCGUAUCACUGUUCAGUGUAGGAAGAGAGGCCGUAUCACUGUUCAGUGUAGGAAGAGUGGCCAUCAGGAAGAUUAAAAAGCGUACUAACACCAACUGAUUUACCUGUGGCAUUCCAAAACUCAAAAUGCCGCAAAUAGUUUGUUGGAAUAAAAAUCUAGUUUAACUGUG